UUGGGUUCGGGCGGAGGGCCGCCAUUAUUGAGAAGCUGAAAACCACUUUCACACAUAGCGAAGCCCUUUCACUUUAACUGCCCGUUUUAUGGUGCAGAUGCAAACGCUCUGUCAACGAAGCCAAACCCAAAUGACAGCUAUCAAGCCGUGGCUUUGUGCGGACCGCCUUAGUGAUUUUUAUCCGCGAAAAAUGGACACAACAAAGGAUAUAAUAAUUGGUCAAAAGCAGCGUGGUAAGGCCAGAGGAAGGCAGUGAAACAGACUCUACAGCCACUACGCCCUUUUUUCAUUUUUCCCCCUUUUACAUGGGCAAAAUUAAUGCAUUGGUGCGGGGAAGAGUUUGAUGCCUUUUCUGUCUUGUUGAAGCAUCCGCAUGGAAUGGUCGAGGACUGUAACUGGAAAACAACCAUCGGCAACAUGGAAUAUUUAAUUUAUGCUUGACAAGCAGACAUAAAGGGAAGCACGUUGGGUUCUGGCUACCUUUUAAACCAUCAGCUUUAGCUUUCCACCAUAAAACGCACCGGUGGAAAAUGCCGUCACUCGAGUCCUAAACAGAAGAGAGAUUGGAGGAAAGGCUGAAUGCAAUGAGUGUGAUCUGACAUAUCCAGGCUCACCUGACUGCACCACAGGCCUGCUUGCCGAAGGGGAUGGAUUACACAGAGUCAACUUCCCACACUGGCAUCUAAUUUCUCACUUGGUCAAGCACAACUGCUGCCACCCCCCAGCACCCUCACCACCCCACCUCCUAAAUCAGCCCAACACACCUCUGCUGUUUGUUGAAUUGCAUCCUCAUCGCAGCCUUGCACUGACUAUGGGCAAAAAGCACACAGCUCCAGUGUCAUCAACUUAAAGAAGUCGCAGAAAAAUACUUUCUACAGAAGCCAAGGAGAGAAGGCCCUGGUGCCAGUGCAAUUUAACCCCACCUGAGUGUGAUUGGUGCAGUACAAAAGCACUGUAUGGGCACCUGCAAUAGCGUGCUAAGUCGUCAAGCAGCUUCAGGGCAAGGCAGGAUGCGUUCCUACGAACGAUGAUGAUGGCGAAAAAGCAAGACUCCCGCGUGCCCAUAUACACCGUGGUGGUGGUGGGCCUCUCAGGGACUGAGAAGGAGAAGGGCCAAUGCGGGGUGGGCAAGUCCUGCCUGUGCAACCGCUUUGUGCGCCCCAGCGCCGAUGACUUCCACCUGGACCACACGUCCGUGCUGAGCACCAGCGAUUUCGGCGGCCGCGUGGUCAACAAUGACCACUUCCUGUUCUGGGGCGAGGUGGGCCGCGUGCUGGAGGAGGGCGCCGAGUGCCGGAUGCACGUGGUGGAGCAGACCGAGUUCAUCGACGACCAGACGUUUCAGCCCCACCGCAGCACCGCCCUGCAGCCGUACAUCAAACGCGCCGCCGGCACCAAGCUGGCGUCCGCCGAGAAGCUCAUGUACUUCUGCACCGAUCAGCUGGGGCUGGAGCAGGACUUUGAGCAGAAGCAGAUGCCCGAGGGGAAACUGCAGGUGGACGGCUUCCUGCUCUGCGUGGACGUGAGCCGCGGGAUGAAUCGCAACUUUGACGACCAGAUGAAGUUUGUCACGAACCUGUACAACCACCUGGGGAAAACGAAAAAGCCCAUCGUGCUGGUUCUGACCAAAUGCGACGAAGGCGUCGAGCGCUACAUCAAAGACUCACACACGUUUGCCAUUACAAAAAAGAACCUACCGGUGGUGGAGACCUCUGCUCGUUCCAACGUCAACGUUGAUCUAGCUUUCCUCACUCUGAUUCAGCUCAUUGAUAAAAGCAAGGGCAAGCCCAAGAUCAUCCCUUAUUUCGAGGCGCUGAAGCAUCAGAGCCAGCUCAUUGCCUCUGCUAAGGACCGCUAUGAAUGGUUAGUGAACAACAUUGUGAAGAAUCACAAUGAGACCUGGCCCAACAUCAGUCGGCGCAUGCAAACGUCCCCCGAGUACAAAGAGUAUGUGUUUUUGGAGGGCACGGCCAAAGCCAAAAAGCUUUUCCAGCAGCACAUACACCGCCUCAAGCAGGAGCACAUAGAGAGAAGGCGCAAGGUGUACCUCAGCACUCUUCCUCUCGCUCUCAGCUCCUUAGUCUCGGAGCUGGAUGAAAUAGAGCAUUUAAGCUGGGCAGGAGUGCAGAAGGUCCUGGAAUCCAAAAAGGACUUCGACCACUGGUUUGUGGUGCUGGAGGACGCUCCCUGGGAAGAGACGCCACACCUCGACAACAUGGAGGACGAGCGCAUACCGUUCGACGUGCUAGACACGACGGCCGCCGAGAUCAUAUUCGACGCACACCUCGAACACCUGCGCAACGAGUGCAAGCGGGCAGAGAUACGGAAGGAGUUCAAAGCCAAGCUGAUGUCCUCUCCAUUUGUGACACCCGGCAAGCCAUGGGAGGAGGCGCGAAGCUUCAUCAUGAACGAGGACUUUUACCAGUGGCUGGAAGAGCCGGAGUAUCUGGACAUCUACAACAGGCAUCAAAAGGCAAUCAUAGACAAGGCGAAAGAAGAUUUCCAAGAGCUGCUGCUCGAGUACUCUGAGCUUUUCUACGAGCUAGAGGUGGAUGCGAAGCCAAGCAAAGAGAAGAUGGGCGCCAUUCAGGAGGUUCUGGGAGAGGAGCAGCGUUUCAAGGCCCUACAAAAGCUACAGGCCGAGAGAGACGCACUGGUGUUGAAACACAUUCACUUUGUCUAUCACCCCACAAAAGAGACAUGCCCUAGCUGUCCUAAUUGUGUGGACAGCAAAAUUGAACAGACGCUGGCCUCUUGCUUCCCAGCUCGUUACCCCUCUUUCACAAAAGCACUCAUGAGCGAGAGCAAAGCAGACAGGAUAAAUCUGGUCAUCCUCGGCAAAGAUGGCCUGGCAAGAGAAAUGGCUAAUGAAAUCCGAGCCAUGUGCACCAACGAUGAUCGGUACGUGCUGGAUGGCAAGAUGUAUGAACUUGUGCUGCGCCCCAUAGAGGGAAAUGUCAGGCUUCCUGUUAACUCUUUCCACACCUCAACGUUCACCCCUCACGGCUGCCUGUGCUUGUACAACUCAAAAGAGUCACUCACCUACGUCGUGGAGAGCAUGGACAAGCUGAGGGAAUCUACGCUGGGACGACGAGACAACCACUUAUCCCAGCUCCCUCUGUCCUUACUCCUCAUCACCAAAAGAGGCGUGGGCGCAUUUGGGGACAUUGGCGCAGAGACUGCCCAGACACUGAUAGCACAGGGACAGCAGGUGGCAGCAAAGCUACAGUGCAGCUUCCUGGACCCUGCGUCCCCUGGCACGGGAUACGCGCGCAACGUCAACGAGCGGCAGAUCAACCAGGUCUUGAAGGCCCUGCUGGAAAACAAGAGGAGCGCGGGUUUCCGCAGCGGCUCCCCGCCGCUCCCUCCCGUGCCCCCCACCAUUCGAGACCUGCAGCCGGAGCCCAGCCCGGAGGCGGACUUCCGCAUCAUCAUGUGCCUGAUGUGUGGCGACCCGUACGACGUGGACCAGCUCCUCUCGCCCUUCCUGCUGCCGCAGCACUGCAGGCCCACGUCCAACCUGGCCAGCGACACGUCCGUGCUGCUGGAGCAGACGGUGGGCGGCCACCGGCAGACCAUCGAGCUCUCGCUGCUCUCCUACCACGCCACCUUCUCCAUGCGUAAGACCAAGCUGGUGCACGGCUACGUGGCGGUCUACUCGGCCCGCCGCAAGGCCUCCCUAGAGACGCUCUGCGCCUUCCUGUGCGAGGUGCAAGACAUCAUCCCCGUGCAGCUGCUGGCAGUGGGAGAGAGCCAGGCCGAGCUGACCGACUCGGAGUCGGCCCGCGAGCUCCUGAACCAGGGCGAGGACCUGGCCCAUGAAAUCGAGGGGCGCUUCAGCAGGAUCGUGUGCGGUGGAGGAGGGGUCAUCAGCGGGCUUCACCGGCUAGACCUCCUGAAGCCGUUCUUUAUGGAGGUCAUGGAGAAGCGCUCGGUGGUGGAGGCCACGCACAUGUACGACAAUGCCCCCGAGGCGGCCAUCACCAACGAGUCUGUGUACUCUCCCCGCUGCGGCUCGCCCAGCCCUGUCACCAUGCUGCUGGACUCGGAGGAAGACAUGGAGGCCUCGCCCCCCUACCACGAUGGCACUCUAACGUCCCACGGGAGCUUCAAGAUGCCUGACAUGGAUUCCGGCGACACCUUUUCUGUCAUCUCCGACCUCAGUACGUUCGAGAGCAAGCUCAACAACAAGAUGGCUCCCCAGGUGCGCUCCAAGCCCAGCGUCACGUUCGACCUGCGGAAGAGCUUCAACCCCUACAUGGACCCCAUGGCCCACAGGCGCUCCCUCACCGCCACCAUGAACUGGCCCCCCAGCGGCGAGGGGGUGUACGACCCGUCCGACUACGCCGAGCCCAUGGACGCCGUGUCCAAGCCGCGCCUGAGCCACGAGGAGAACAUCUACUCCGUGCCGCACGACAGCACGCAGGGCAAGAUCAUCACCAUACGCAACGCCAACAAGAUGCACACGAACGGCGGCGGCAACGGCUCGGACAGCGAGGCGGAGAGCAGCUCUCUGGAGCGCCGCCGGAAGCUGUCGGCCAUGGGGGUCAAGCCUCAGCUCUACCGCGACCGCUCCAAGCGCCUGGGCAAGUUCAGCAGCUUCCGCACCAGCUUCUCCAUCGGCAGCGACGACGAGCUGGGCGUCCUUCAAAAGACCAAAGAGGACGAGGUGGGCGCCCUGAAAGGGGAGAACACGCUCAACGAAGAAGGGGAGGACCCCAAGAAGAGAAACAUCCUAAGGAGCCUGCGAAGGCCUGGCAAGAAACCAAGACCAAAGCCUCGGCAGUCAAUUACGAAGCCAAUUGAGAGUAACUACUUUGGGGUGCCUUUGGUGAAUGUCGUCUCCCCUGACAGGCCUAUUCCUGUCUUCAUUGACAAAUGCAUCCGCUACAUCGAGGCCACAGGUCUGACCACAGAGGGCAUCUACCGAGUCAGCGGCAACAAAUCAGAGAUGGAGAGCAUGCAGAGGCAGUUUGAACAGGAUCACGGUCUGGAUCUGGUGGAGAAGGACUUCACUGUCAACACGGUGGCCGGAGCACUGAAGGCCUUCUUUGCUGAGCUCCCCGAACCUCUCCUGCCAUACAACCUGCAGACAGAGCUGACAGAGGCUUUCAAGAUUAACGAUCGAGAGCAGAGGCUGCACACCAUGAAGGAUGUACUGCGGAGGUUCCCACGGGAGAACUAUGACGUCUUCAGACACGUGAUGAGCCACCUCAACAAGGUAAGCCAGUGGAACCGCGUGAACCUGAUGACGAGCGAGAACCUGGCCAUCUGCUUCUGGCCCACGCUGAUGCGUCCCGAGUUCACCACCAUGGACGCGCUGACGGCCACGCGCACCUACCAGACAAUCAUGGAGAACUUCAUCCACCAGUGCGCGUUCUUCUUCUACAACCAGCCGCCGGCCGACUCGCCCACGGGCCCCUUCGGCCCGCCGGGGCCCCUGGUGCCCUCCGGCCUGCCGCCCUCGCCCUCCGCGCUGCCCCCCUGCGGCCCCCCCACCCACCACUACAUGCCCCUGCUGCAGUCCCCACCGCACUCGCCGCCGCAGAGCCCCCACCCGCACCCCACCCCGCCCGAGACUCAGACGCUGUGAGAGAGACAAACUACUACUACUAACACGCACAUGGAAACACACGCGUACACACACACACACACACAAAUAGACACACAAACAGGUACUGUACAUGCAUACUUAUUCACACACAUGCUGAAGUUCACACAUGUUCCGCUAGCACUCAGUCUCUUGAGCAUUUACUAUAUGCCAAGAUGCUGUGCAUCUGCAGCCACGCUAAUGUUGCUCCUGUAUCGUAUGCUUGUGUACCUGUUUGCACACAUGCACACACAGACACACACACAC